AUGUUCAAUUCAUCACUCUUAUUUUAUUUUAAAACAGAUUACGGUCGUGGUGGUAUUCAUCCAGACGGAAAUCAACAUGGAAACUUCGGUUAUCAAGCCGAUUACAUGAAUUCAGCUCCUCCUCCCUACUAUAACCCAUAUGGUGGUCCUCCGAGUCCUCCGAACUAUAACCCAUAUGGUACUCCUCCAGGUCCUUCAAAUCCUAACCCAUACGGUGGUCCUCCGAACUAUAACCCAUAUGGGACUCCUCCAGCUCUUCAAAACUUCAAUCCAUACGGAAACCCUUCUGCGUCUCCAAAUUAUAAUACACCUACUCCUUCGAAUUAUAAUGCAUAUGGUGGCUCUCCUAUACCUCCGAACUCCAAUCAAUACGGAGGUCCUUCUGUACCGCCGACCUAUGGUUCAUCAGCCCCUUCAAGUUACGGUCCACCGGGUGGCUCUGCUGCUUAUCCAAACUUCAAUCAAUACGCCACUCCUUAUUCAUCUCCGAAUUAUGGUUCAUAUCCUAAUCAAUAUGAUAGUAACAGACAACCUCCAAACGCUCAUCGUUCGAAUGGUAGUGGUUUUAUCA